AUGUCGGGAAACAUGGAUCAACACGCCGAGGUAUCGCCACCUCGCUCAACAUCAGGAUUGGGAAGAUCACCCAGUAUAUUCUCUUAUCAGACUAGGAUACUGAACAAUCGUACACCGACAGGUGAUAGACAUGGCAAUAAUGCUCAGAGACAAAUUCCCAACUCACUCUCUUCCUCAACCGCUUAUACCUCAUUAGCAUCUAUGGUAGAGAAUGAUGGUAGACCUUCACCACCUUCUACACCUAUCAGGAAAGCAGUAGCGAGGAUGGUUGUAGAUAAUGGCUCCCCGCCUUCGACAGCAGAGGAAGGGGGCAGAGCUAGAUCAGGAUCAGGAAGAGGUGUAGGAUCGGGAUUUGGGAUGGGUGGGAAACCAGGUCAUACGAAAAGUAGCAAAUCCGUUGAUCUGGUCAGAAACCAGUGGCAAGCUAAGAUAGAUCAAAUGAAUAAUAACAGCGAUGAACCUAUCAGACCUCCGACUCCUCGAUCCGUCAAAAACUCCGCCUUCUCCCCUCCUUUGCCAUCUUCUCCAACCAUCCCUUCAACAGAGACGACACCUUCGGCGACUCGUACUUUUUCUCAAGCUUCUAGUUCACCCAUUGUACCGGAUCAGACAGGUUCCUCGCUAGUCACUACAGCUACGAACGAUACCUCAGCCACGGAUAGCGGUGUAGGUAAAUACAAGAGUGCAUACAUGGCUCAGAGGGCAGCGAAGAGAGCUACAGUUUACGGAGCAAGCAGUUUCGACUCUGCCAGAAUCCCCUCGACAACUUCAAAUGGUUCUGCUGGUUCUGCUCCUGCACCUUCAAUAACUUCUGCUUCAAUCGACCGACCUACGUCCCCAUCAGUCUCAUCUUACACAUCUAUGCUCUCGCCUAACCCCACAGGAGAAAGUACAGCACCUUCGGUGAGAGGUCAAUCAGUGGAAGAGAGGCUGGCAAUUGCCAAAGCCAAUGCUCUGCGGAGAAGGGAAGCUAGGGAGAAAGCCAAAGCUGGAGCAGCUACUGCUUCGUCUUCGGGAGAUACCAAAGCCGGUGAAAACCCCACGGUUCCAUCAGAAUUUGGAGGUACUUCAUCAUCCAAAGCGUCGCCAUUUGCAAAUUUAUUCACUCCACCUUCGAAGGAUGACGAACCUACACCUGCUGCUCCAUCGAAGACGUUGUCUUUCGCUACUGCGCCGCUGACGACUGAUCUUACAGGCACAUCUACACUUUCAAGAUCAGCAUACCGAUCUAUCGUCACUGCUCCUACAGCUACAUCGUCCCCCAGAUAUGUUCCGUCCGGUCUUUCCUCAUUGACAUCUGAUCCCUCCAAGGAAGAUGGACUGAAUCCACCCUCUGCUCCCGGUAAAGAUAAAUAUGGAUCUAUAAGUAAGACCGACCGAAGGAGAUUGGGCAGACAUCUGCCCCGGAUCGCUUCAGGUGGAGAAGGCUGGGAUGAAGAUACAGCCAAAGGUCAUAGUAAAGGGCCUUCUGAGGGUAGAAGGGUACCUUCGACUCUCGGCAGAAACUCGGAGAUACCUAAAGCAGCAGAAGAGGAAAUUGAAAAUACGCCACCAGCUGCGUCUGUUCAAGAGAAUAAGACGAACUUGAAAACACCUUCUACUCCUACUGCAGGUGUACGAAACAAGAAAUCACUGGAAAUCCUUGUUCCUUCCACUUCACAGAAUCAUCCUCCCUUUCAACCCUCUAUCCCAACAACGCCGACCGCCAAACGAAAAUCAGCUUACAUGCCCUACACUCCCAAAUCGACAAUUGCCAAUCCAAUUGGGCCGACAUCACCUCGGGUAGAAUUGACUGGAGCAGAAAUGAAGGGCUUGAUGAGUGCUGUAGGAAGUCUGCCAGCUAGAGGAGCGAACAACGACGAGGAGGAUGGUGUGACUGGUAUGUCAAAUAGACUUCGAUUGACUAGGGCUCGACUCCCACCUUCAGCAUCAUCCGCAUCAGUCGCACCAGCCCCACUACCUUCCAGAAGACUGGCCCAAACCAACUGGAUGGAUAAGCAUAGACAUGCUAUAGCCGCUUAUGAAUACCUUUGUCACGUCGGUGAAGCUCAACAGUGGAUCGAAGGGUGCUUGGAAGAGGAAUUGCCUUUCGGUGUUACCGAGAUGGAAGAGGGUUUGAGAGAUGGUGUAGUCCUGGCGAAGUUAGCAAGGGUGUAUGAGGGCGAGGCGGUAGUGAGGAAAAUCUGGACUGAAUCAAAACAUCGAUAUAAGCAAUCAGAUAACAUCAAUUACUUCCUCAAUUUUGUACGGAACGUAGGGAUGCCAGAGACCUUCAUCUUCGAGUUGACUGAUUUGUACAACAAGAAGAAUAUCCCGAAGGUCAUCUUCUGUAUUCAUAUCCUAAGUCACUUGCUCGCUCGACUUGGUCGGGCUGAAAGGAUCGGUAAUUUAGUUGGACAAUUCGAGUUCACCAGCGAUCAGCUGGCUGCUACGCAGAAAGGUCUUCAGGGUGUGGCUAUGCCCAACUUCGGUGAUGCUAGCAACUCGUUAGCGAAAGAAGCGAGUUGGGAGCCCGAAGAACCGGAAGAGACUGAAGAUGAGAGACGAGACCGUGAACUCCUUGAAUGUGAAUCAUCCAUUGUCGACCUUCAGCGACAUCUUCGAGGCAGACUUGCUCGAAUGCGUGUGUCUAGAACUCAUGCUCAACUCGAGCUUGCAGAACCUAUCAUUGUACGAUUCCAAGCUAGAGCAAGAGCAUCUCUCGUUCGUGAAGGCAUGAAAGCCGAACGAGAAGAGCGAAAACAACUACAUGGGUUUGCUAAAGCCAUACAAGCUGUUGCUCGUGGCCAUACUUCAAGACAAAGAUGGGUCACUAAAAUCAAUGCUAUCCAUGCUUCUGACCAAUCUAUAGUUGGUGUCCAAGCUCAAGCUAGAGGCAUGAUCACCCGAAUUAGGCGGUCGCUGGAGCAAAACAGACUGGACAAGUCUAUAAAGGGUAUCGUUGGUCUUCAAGCCCAGUGCCGAGGAAAACUCGCGCGAAGGAACAGGCAAUCUCAUUGGCAGAUCCUUGCUCAUCCCGAAAUCAUACAAUCCGUUUCGACUCUUCAAGCAGCUUUACGAGGUAGAAUUCAACGUCAAGCAGCUGCCAGGCACCAGCGUGUCAUCCAUGGUCAAGUCGCUACCUUCACCUCACUCCAAAGUCAACUGCGAGGUGCUUUGGUACGAAGACGUAUUCGAGCUCAAGAACAAAAGAUGGACGAUGCGACCGAUUAUGUGGUAGCUAUCCAAGCUGUAUGUCGAGGUGUUCUUGCUCGUCAGAAGAAACGCUCUUUCACCUCAACUUUACAGCAAGUCACUCCUGCUAUUUCGUCAUUACAAGCGAUCGCAAGAGGACGAUUGGCCAAACAAGCACACAAGAAUAUGCAGAAAGCUCUAGCUAAAGUUGAAGUGGCAGGCUCGGUUGGAGGUCUGCAAGCGUUCUUGAGAACCAGAUUAGCCAAGAAGCAGACCACGGAACAGAAGAAGAAACUUGAGUUCGUUCAGCCUGAUGUUAUCGGUUUCCAAGCUGUGGCUAGAGGUUAUCUGGUCAGAGAAGAGUAUCGAGAAUGGAGAGAUUACCUACAUGAUGGUAAGACCAUUGGAGCGUUGGUGUUCCUUCAAUCGUUAAUUCGAGGAUUCUUGGCAAGACGAAGAUUAUACAUCCACUCAAGCUAUAUACAUCGAAAUGUCGAUAAAGUCAUCAAGAUCCAAUCACUUUGGAGGGGGAGAGUUCAACGACAGAUGUAUGAGAAACUCGUUACAGGAUAUGAUGUCGAUGUGCCAACUAUCCAGAAUUACAUGCACCUGUUAGAUGAUACCGAAUCGGAUUUCGCGGAUCAAGUUCGUAUCGAAGCGUUGAGAGGACAGGUGGUAGAUCUGAUAAGGGAGAAUCAAGGAUUGGAAACUGAAGUGAAAGAAUUAGAUACGAAGAUAGCUUUGAUCAUCAAUAACAAAAUGUCUUUCCAGGAGUUAGCAAGGGCGAAACAUCGUUCGAACGAACAGAGUACUUAUGUCACACCGAACAAUGAUCCUUUCUCAGGUGGUGUACAUUUGGAUAGAACCAAUCAGAGAAAAUUGGAAUUGUUCGAACAGCUUUUCUUCAUGUUACAGACUAAACCUGAAUAUAUAUCUAGAUUGCUUAGGACUUUAAGUAAUAGUAUCGAUGAGGAUGAAAAGGUCGAGAAGGAUAGGAGAUUGUUGGAAGGUGUCACGAUGAUUUUGUUUGGGUUCGGUCAUGAGAGGAGAGAAGAGUAUCUUUUCCAUAAGUUACUUCAGUUGGCCGUGCACGAAGAAAUACUCCUCGCACCUACACUUCAUGACCUUGCUCAUUCACGAUUUGCUAUCAUUUCGGUCGCUGCUCAAUACAUCAAACCUUCCCUUACACCUUACAUUCAAGAUGUAUUGUAUGAUCAUAUUAUGAGGAUUGUUGGGGCACCUGAUUUAGAUUUGUGUACGGACCCUGUUAAAAUAUAUCAAAGCAUAAUCAACGCCGAGGAGACUCAGACAGGCGUACCCUCGCAAUUACCAAGAGAUAGAAAUGCGGAUCAGAUUCUACAAGAAAAUGCCACUGCCCGAGCAAUGUUCAUCAGGAAUCUUCAAGAGCUGAGGGCUUUGACCGAAUUCUUGAUCACCGGUUUGAUCGACUCACAUGCGAGAUUGCCUUACACCAUUAGGCUGCUAGCUAGAGAGGCAUUGUUGGCGCUCCAGACCAAAUUCCCAGAAGCCACCGAUGAAGAGCUGGUACCAGUCGUCGCCAGGACAGUGGUGUUACCAUUCAUUUUACCUGCCAUUAUCGCACCUGAACAAUACGGCUUAGCACCCGAUGGAGUAGGGCCUCAAGAACGAAGAAAUCUAGCUGAAAUCACUAAUCUCGUAUCUCAUGUGGCUGGUCAACAGUACACUGAUACUCCUGAUCAGAGACUGGUCAGGACACCUUUGGAAGCGUUUAUCAGUGCUUCGGCCAUGCCGUUUAGGGAAUGGAUCUUGGAUGUGGCCGACGUUGAACAUGCCGAAGGGCAGUUCCAUGCUCAUGAAUUGUUCGAAUCAACUAUCGAAGCUAAACCUAUCAAGAUCACGAGGCUGGAUAUUUAUGGUAUGCUGAGUAUGCUCAUCCAGAAUGUUCCUGUUAUUACGGCUGGCAACAAGAAUGAUCCUAUUCAAGGUAUAUUACGGGAACUUGAAGGCCCACCUAUAGACUACGACAGAAGUAAGAAUACAGUCAAUCUACGAUUGACCAAUAGGCUUGCUGGACCUCAAUCUGGUGAUCCCAAUGCAAUCGAAAAAGCAGAUUGGGUUCAAGCAAAACGACAUGUUCUGGCUGUCCUACGAGUCCAGACUGGUAGAACCCUAUAUGACGUGUUGGUGUCUCGACCCGAAGAAAUACAUGAACAGAUGUGGAUCGAGGAAGUGCACCGUGAUAUAGCGCUGGAGAAUGCUAGAUUGGCCAAACAUGGUUUACCGCCCACCCCCGUUGAGCAGAUGUAUCAGAUUGAGAGUAUUCGAUCCCUCCCAUUCCACGAAGUAAAAUCCAGAGCUAUUGAAUUCUGCAUGAAGCUCGAACGAUCCGGUAAAUUAUCCCGAGAAGAUAAUUUACAAGGAUUAUUGGUAUCGAUUACAUCCGACAUAAGACAGAAGCAUCAUUUGAGAAAGAUGAGAAAAGAUAAUCUGAAUGGGAUGAUCAAAGCAUAUGAGGAUAUGACUAAGAAGAAAAUGGAUUACGAAGCUCAGAUCAAGACGUAUCAUGAUUAUAUUGAUGGCGCGAUGGCUGAACUACAAGCUAAAGGGAAGAAGAAGCCAAUGUUCAUGAGUAAACAAUAUAGACAUCAGAAGAGUCAGCAGAGACAAGGUAAACAAGCUAAGUUUGGGAGUUAUAAAUAUACAGCAGCGGAUUUGUAUGAGAAACGUAUCUUAUUAUCCGUCAAUCAAUUCUCACCUCGUCAAUUCGAUAAAUUAUACAUCGUGAUAGCCUCGAACGAAGUGGGAGUAUUCAGACUUGAAUUGUCUUGUCCUUCGUCCGCAUCUGGUGGAGGCGGAGUGAUGGGUGAAGAUGAGAUCCGUAUGGAGGAUCUACUAGGAGCUCAAUAUGAGAAUAAAGAGAGGUUGGAUAUGUUUGAAGGUCAGGCGGCGUUUGCGUUGAAUAUGUUGAUUCAUCAGAUCAAUAAAAGUGAGUGGUUGUGUGCUAUGAGUGUGAUCAAACCUAAGUGA